AUGCGCCCGCGAAUACGCGUGGGUUACAGACACCCAGGAACGAAGGCCUGGUAUAUGGCUUGGGCCGUAACACCAGACUGCUUUUGGCCUUCUUCCCCAGCGAUGUCGGCACAUGGCUCGCAAGAAAGGCUUGUGACUGCGUCUGCACCCCCUGCCGGGUAUGAUGCGACGGGAACGCAGCCAACGACCCCUGCGGCUGCGCCAGAGGCGACCGCCACCGAAGCUACUCCGGCAGGUGUAGCACCCACAGCUGGGACAGCGCAUGCUGCAGGAGCGACGACCGAGACCGCAGCAAGAAAGCAACCAUUCUACAAACGCAAAUGGUUCAUCGUGUGCCAGAUCGUGACGGCAGUCAUUGGCAUCGUCCUGAUCUUUGUUCUACUGUUCCCCGUCGUCAGAGCCAUCGCGCAGCUCAUCGUGAACAAAUCGCAACUCAAUAUCGAGACGGCCUCCAUCCUAAGCCCUCAGAACACGACUUUCCAGUUGCAUAUGGAAGGAUAUGUAUCGCACACUGGUAUCUUUAAUGCGAAGAUAGCUUUCCAAGAGCCCAUCAAUGUCGCAUGGGUCGAUCGUAUCGGCGACCAAGAGGUCGUUCGCAACCUCGGUUCGAUGGAACUCCAGCCACUUUACGCCAAAAGGAGCACGAAACGCGCUGCGCUGAAUCAGUCGACAACAUUCACCAUCACUGAUGAGGAUGCGUUCGGGGAGUUCACGGCGGCGAUGAUCACGCGCCAGAACUUCACAUGGCGGUUGACGAGCAACAAUCUUAAAGACGUUGUCCUGAAUGGGAUCAACAACUUUGACGGCAAGAUUGUUCUCCAAGACUUCCUGCUACCGAGCGAUGCUGAGAACGGGAUCAACUUCGUUGCUAAGACGAGUCUGAACAACAUCAGCCCAUUCCAAGUUGACCUGGGCACGCGGAGUCAACCUGGGCCAAGGGACCAGUACCGGUCUCUCGCUGACCGCGGGAAACAACACCGUCGACCUGACAGAGCUGCCAUUCGGUUCAGCCUCUCUAUCGGCCAAAUAGAGAAUGCGUUCAAUAUCUCUCAGCGCAGUAACAACAUUGCAUCCCUGUCUACCAGUCCUGAGCUCAACGGACACCGAGGGGACGAUCAACAUCACGAUCGACGAUGCUCCUUGCUGGUUCCAAGCAACGAUGCGAACCACGAGCUGUUCUCGACCUUCAAUCUUAAUCUCACACAGCAGACUCAGUCGGACUUUCGAUUAGUCGGCCAAGCACGCGCCGUCGCAAACAUGAGUAUCGGGACGAUCGUUCUGAACCCCAUCAAAUUCGACGUGCCUUCACAGUUGACUGGUUUGGAUGGUCUGAAAAAUGCGACAAAGAUCUCCAGCGUGGAUGUGCUAGGCGGGACGAGUGAUGCAAUGACACUCGCAAUCAAUACGACCGCUGCGUUUGAUCCGAACGCUAGCGGUGAAGGAAUACAGACUUUGGAUGACUUCGUAGGCGGUACAGGUAAGAUUUCCAUCGUCUCUGGUAGUCACACUGGUGAUCUCUACGUCUACGCUUGUCAUGAUGUCUGGUCUUGUGUUGUCCACCAUCGACUGACUCUUUACGUCACAGACGUCGACGUGAUCAUCAAGGGUUAUGACAACAGUACCGAGGUGGCUUCUCUGUUGAGCGCCUUCAAGACCUUCUCGAUAGCGCUUCGCUCACCAUUUUGGAUCGACUGGCAUUACGAACAACAUUCUCAUGUGUCUGUCAUCCUCGCUAAUCCUUUCACUGCCGCCUUGCAAAUCACCAGCAUCGCCUCUACAGUUUCCUCGCAUGGGCUCACUCUGGGGACUAUCAAGUCAACCGAUGCGUUCACAUCUGACGGCAAGGCCUCGACGAACUCACCCGAGCUCGACCUGGAUAUGGACCUCAAUCCGUCGGUGAUCUUCUCGUUGCUGCGCGCUUUGGCAGUGGAUCAGGGGAUGGAGACAGAUCAAAUCGACGGCAUCAUGGACAUCGGCGGAAUCCAGCGAGUCCAGACCUACGGAAGGCGUGGUUUUCAUGCCAAACGGAACAUCUACACGAACUUCAACCUCCCGUCGUACGUCGAUCAAGCAUUUGCCAGUUUGACGUCUAACGUCACCCUGAGCGCCGGUGUCAAAAUUGGUAUGCCUCAGACUGCCGCCAUGAGUAUGAACGCCUUGCUCAUGAAACUUCGCAGGGACUAUGAGACGACGCUGAACUAUACGCAAGGGGACCUCGCGACCAAGACGGAUGAGAGCUUGAAUAUGCUACUUCCUGUGUUGGCUCAACCAAUUGUACAGAAGAUUGUCACGGGCUCUACUCUUGGGUGCCAUCGAGACGUUGACGAUCAGCAAUCCCUCACAGACGAGCUUUUCUGUAUUGCUCAACGGAUCAUAACUAACGCCGGUCCAUUUGACGCGACGAUCAUGUUCUCGAACGGGUUGACAAUUACUUGGAAUAAUCAGACAUUGGGAACGAUGGCGAUGCCAAACGUCAGCCUCGUCGGCGAUGUCGGUGCCGACUUUAACAUCCAAGAGGCAUCGUUUGAGGUUGCGGACCAAGCGUCCUCGAGAAGUCUUGCUGAACGAGGAAGUUUUGACUGGACGAUCUCUGGUGGGGGUCUCGUUGUGUCUGCCCUAGGCAUCAAUGUCGAGAACAUCACUAUAUCCAAAUCGGUGACCCUGAAGGGUAUGAAUGGGCUCAGGAACGGCGUCGUAAUCGAGUCAUUCGACCUGCCCGAGAACGACCCCGCAGGCGGUAUUCAUCUUACGCUGAAUACGAGCAUUACCAAUGUUGGUAUAGCGUUGGAUUCAAUCGCAUUCUCGGAUUAUUAUGGAUCGACCUAUUUGGGACCCUCUGUGUCAGAGGGAAGCUUCAAUCUAGCGCCUUUGUCCACCUCCAGUCUUCCACUCGUCGGGCGCCUGGUCCCUCAGAACACCUCAAGUGGCCUUGCGGACGUAUCGACCGUCUUCAAUAACUUCCUUCACGGCAAGGACAGCGACGUCAUCGUGUACGGCGAGUCUGCAGGUCCUGCAAAUGUAACGUGGUUGAAUCAAGCCAUCAAGACUUUGAAGAUCCAGACGUCUCUUCCUAACCAAGGUGUCCAGAACGUCAUAACCGGUAUUACACUGGAAGAGAUGUCGAUGAUGUUCACGCAAGAUACAGCCUAUUCUCCGGCAACGAGUAGCAAUGCAACGACUGCCUCCUUCACCAUCCCGUUCAACUUCCCUGUCGACAUCACUGCCGUCGCGCAGAAUAUCACAGCUGCGUACAAGGACACCGACUUCGCUCAACUGAACAUCCCGCAAGGGCCUGCGAGCACGGACGUCGAUACUCGCAUCAUCCACCUCACGUUCUCAAAAAUCCCCUUCGACGUGCUAUCCGGCCGCGAGAGCGUCUUCCAGCAAUUCUUGGCUGACGUGACGAUGUCAGCGAACGAGACAUUCCAACUCUCAGGGAACGCUAAUACGGAGGCGAGUACGGCUGUGGGUACCUUGGCCCUGACGGACAUCGCCUUCUCGGUCGAUACGACGAUCGCUGGAUUGCAAGGACUGAACGCGGAGCCUGCGAUUGUCAGCGGCUUGGACGUCUACCACGGAUACUCUGACUACCUUCUCAUCACUUGUGCGACGACACUGCUGAAUCCCAGCAAUCUGACCAUCGGUACUGGUGAUGUCUCUUUCGGUCUCAUCUUCGACGGUCAGACUGUGGGCAGUGCGGACAUUGCAGGUCUCGUCAUUGUUCCUGGUUCGACGAACUAUAGCACAGGCGUGCACUACUCCCCACAAGGCGGAUCUGCCAAUGCUGCAGGUGAACUGAUGCUCGAGAAUUACAUCCAAGGUACCAUCUCUGCGACGACUAUCCAAGGCUCUACGGACACCACAGGAGUCGAUUCGCUAAAACUGGCUAUGUCUGAGGUGAAGUUGGAAGCCGACAUCCCUGCCCUCCACCAGAACCUCAUCACAGGAGCGUCGCUCGUGUUCCCUACGGAUAUUGUCAAGACAGGCGUCGCUGAGGCAUCCUUUACGAUUGCGAAUCCGUUCACUGCAAGCAUCAAUCUCUUGACAGUGAAUGCGUCUACUUUCUAUGAGUCGCUCUACAUUGGCGGCUUCGACCAUGUCGACGUCAGCAGCUCGCCGAUCUCUGUUCCCGGACAUGGCAAUGCGACAUCUACGACGUUGCCAUUUGACUUCAACUUAGAUCCUCUGGUGAUUAUCGAGAUGGUCGAGAAAGCAGCUCAAGCGGGCGGUGUCGAUCUUGGACCCCUGACGGACCUAUUCAACAUGGUCAUCGAGGAUCCCGACUAUCACCCGAAUAUCACUGCUACAGUUGCAGAUGGGGCUUCUGGUUGCUCUAGAUCACAUCACAGCGGUAAUCAAUUCGAUGUCGAUGACGCUAUCCUGAAUGCGCUAUCCGGUAUGAAGGUGGAUCUGUCGGUGGACAGUGGGCUCAAAUUGGACGACUACGCAACCCAGCUGUCGUUCAAUCAAUCAAGCGUCCCCGCUAAGACCGAUGAUACUGCGCUGUACCUCAUUGGCGUAGUCGCACCUCCGAUCGUGCAAAAGCUUGUAUCGGCGGCGUCAAUCAGCUUCAACAGGGCCAUCAUCAGUGACCUGUCGGAGGACGGAUUCAGCUUGUCUUUGAAUGGGUCGCUCACUGGAACCGGCCCAUUGGACGCACUGAUUGAAUACGUAGAACCCGUAGUCGUCACCUGGCAAGGGACCGACAUCGCUACGCUUACCCUUCCGAAAGUCUGUGCUGCUGCGAAUGCCGGCGUGCCCGAGUACCAGACCGAUGCGAAACUGGCGAUCACGGACCAUGAUGCUUUCACCGACUUCGCGACGUAUAUGCUUCACAACGAGGAUUUCGAGUGGACGAUCUCAACGAACGCUCUUCGUGUCACCGCGCUAAACACCGUCUUCGACGGCGUGCAGCUCAUAAAGAAUGUGACGUUGAAGGCAUUCGACGGACUCCGGGUGUCACCAUCUCCGACUUCCAACUGCCAGGAGAUGCUCCUGAGGGAGGCAUCAGCAUCGAGACAGAUUCGUCCAUACCAUCUCCUGCCCCUGGGUAUUUCCUUGGGCACGGCUACGUUCGAGACAUACUAUCAAGGCGUACUCAUCGGACCUCUCUCGGCAUCAAAUCUUACGCUGGAGCCAUUGUCCACAACGUCCACCCACUUCAGUGGUCGCAUGAUCCCACAAAGUGGGGCAGACCUAGAUGUUGUCGGCGAGCUCUUUUCGAACUUCCUCGCUGGGGAGAACCAGACCUUAAGCGUGACCGGAGAAUCAGUCGACCCAGGAUCCGGGACCAUCGAGUGGCUCAGUACUGCCUUCAAGACGCUCACCAUCAAUGUGACGCUUCCUGGCCAGACAUACGAGGUCAUCAAAGCCAUCACGAUCGGCGACUUGGAAGUCGUCAUGAUGGACAAUAGCGAAGCCUACAGCCCUCUCUCUAGCUCGAAGUCUACACUCGCGCGAUACGCCAAUCCGUUCGGAUUCUCACUGCAAGUCCUCCAAUCAGCCGAGGAUAUUGUCAUUGGCUCCGGUGGUGGCGACGUGGCUUCGUUGAGCGUGCCGAGUCAGUCAGUGUCCAGCGGCACUUCGACAGGGAACGACGUCGACAUGGUUCUGAGCUUCUCGGGCGUGCCGUUGAGUUCUCUCAGUGACGGCAACUUCAACUCCUUCUUCGCCGGGGUUACCCUGCAGAACGACGUGACGUUCGAGUUGUCCGGCUCCGCCAACGUCACUGGCCGCACACCCAUUGGCGACGUGCCGAUCUCGGGGAUUCCGUUCAACGUCUCCUCGUCACUGGCCGGAAUCAACGGGUUCGGCGGUACUGCCUCCAUCUCCAAUGUCUCAAUCACCGGAAGUGGUGGUAAUGGCGGUGACGAGUAUGUCGUCUCGCCAUUGACGACGACGAUCGACAACCCGUCGAACAUAUCCUUGGACACCGUCGACGUCUCGCUCGGUGUGACUUACCAAGGGACGUACAUCGGAAGAGCGGCCAUUCAGACGUUUAACCUCACCCCUGGCGAGAAUGCAAUUGCAUCGGAGUUCCACUACGAGCCUCGAGAAGCCAAUGAUACGACUGCUCAGAGCUUCUUGACAUCCUUCCUCACGAGUGGUGACACCCUCGCGUUGUCUAUCAAGGGUGACUCUGGUAGCACCCCCUUCGGAUCACUGUUGUCCGCUAUGGAGGGCGUAUCCUUGAGUUCAUCCAUCAAAGGCAUGAAUGCUAACCCCAUCCUCACCCACGUGAACGUCUACAUCACGCUAUCGUCACUUGUGACCAACCUUGUCGACGUUGACUUCAAUGUACACAACCCCCUGGAUGCAGAUCUUGACAUCAAGCUCGUGCAGGCUGACAGCGGCGUUAACAACAAGCUUCAACCAGCCCUUCGACUCCUUCAUCGUGCCGGCCGGUGGGACAGCAACAGCGGUCGCUUCGGGAACGUCCUUCUGACUCAGGGAGCUCUCGCGUCCUUGCCGAUCAUCCCGUUGGGCUAUCUCGACGUCGCGUCCUCGCAGACUCUGACUAUUGCAGUCGGAGGUUACGAGGUCCCCUGGUUGCAGCUCUGGCAGCCGGGAACGCCCACAGACUAUCACGUAGACAUCCUAGGGCUCGACCUGGGCGAGAUCGAGGCGGCAUUGACCGGCAACUCUAGCUCUAUCAUGUCUGCUGCGUCGUCGGCCGCAGGCAUCGUCGCCUCCGCGACGUCUGCUGCCGGGAGUGCCGUCUCUUCCGCGACGUCCGUGGCAGGGAGCGUUUUCUCCUCUGUGACCUCGUCUGUGGGCAGCGCCGUGUCGUCUGCUGCGUCCGCGGCAGAGAGCGACGCGUCCUCGUUUGCUUCUGCUGCGAAUAGCGCUGUGACUUCCGCCACGUCCGCCGCACAGAGCAUUGCGUCUGCAGCGCAAAGCGGCGCGGCCUCCGCAGCGUCUGAAGUGGCGAGCGAUGUUCAUCAUGCUACGGCUAAAAUCACGUCCUCCCCCGCGGACGCUGCCUCGUUCAUGUACCUCUAUGACGAUCUCGACACGUCCUUUGACGACUUUUGGUAUUGCUGGUCUCCCAGCCAUUUGGCCUAUAUUGUCAAUUUCGACAUGCGCCCGGGUACAGUCAUAAUAGCCGAGUGCAACGUUGUCGUUAAGAUCAAGGUCGGGGUGUUGAAGCAGGCGCUUGCUCCCGCUAACCGCAGCGGGCGCCUCCUCCGCAUUCAUCGCUUGACCCACUGCACCAACUCUUCUGUUCACGUUCCCUCGCCUGCUCUGUUCUCUCCCGGAUCAAGACCUCUCUCCUACACUGGGCCCCGUCCGCUCCAACUCGUAGAUGGCAACGCUCAGCCAGGAGGGUCAGGUUCACCCUCCACAUCCUCGUGUCCUUCCCCCACAAUCUCUGGUCUCUCUACUCCCCCGCCGACCGCGAAUUCCUUCAAGAGUGCAAAGUCUCGCCGACAAUCAUCGAUAUGCUACUUACCUAGCGAUAACGCGCCGUCGUGGUCGCUACGCUCCCCGACUACCACUGCAUUGCCGUCGCUGAGGCGGAGCGCGUCCGUAACGCAACCUGCGAGAAGUCCGUCUGCGGCCGGUGACAGACGGAGUCUUGGAUGCUCGGACGAACUGCAGUCACCGCGGGUAGAUCGUGGACCACUCACUCUCACGGAGAAACACGCGGACCUGUUGCAAUUCAUCGCGCAGAAGGAAUCCAAAUGCCUCGAGCUGCGCUCACAACUGGCCGUGCACGAAGCCGAGCUCUCACAGCUGAAGCGGAAGUGGGAGCGCAUCGUCAGUCGCGGCAUGGACCGCGCGACCGCCAGCACUUCCAACUCUUCGGUCGCCAGCCCGCUUUCACCGCUCGAUGGUAUCAAGGAGGGAGUGCAAGGUGUGGGCCGCCUCAUUCUCGGCGAUGUAUCCUCCCCCACCGCAUCGUCACCAACAGUGCAGUCUGUCGCCGGCUUCACGACGAUGUCGCGUGCGGCCGCACACCGCGCCCGGGGACACACCAACUCUCAGAGCACGUCCUCCGUGUCUACAACAGGUACGACCUCGACGAGCGUGCGUCUCUCCCAGUCGUCAGCGUCGUCGCUCGCCUUCGAUGAGCCGCCACAGGAACUCGAUGAAAAGGGUGAGGAGGAGCGGGAGGAGCGGCGCGGGAGUGUGGAGAUCUCCCCCGCGAGUGCAUUGCGUGCCGCGAAGCUGCAUCGGCGCAAGUCGCGGGAUAGCGCGCCCCUCCCGGACUCGCCGACGACGCCGAACGCGGCGUCGUCCACACCAGCCAGCAGGCGUGCAAGCAAGCGCGCGAGUCUGAACUUGUCCUCGGGCCUCCCGCCCCCGCCAUACCGGGCAUGGGCACGCUCGCGGGAGCAGCGUCGGGCGGAGAUGGGACGAGCUGCAGAAGGGCGAGACGUUCACGAAGAGCCAGAAGCGCGCGUCGGUGCUGCUCUCGGACGUGUCGCAGUCGCUCUUCUCCGCGCUCGCGUCGCCCGGGCCGGCGUCGAGCAGCUCCGUGUCGAUAUCGUCGAACCCGUUCGCGGCGACGCUCUCCCCGCUCUCGACUUCGCCCUCGCCCUCGCCGGCCCCUUCGCCGGCCGGGGGCAGCUCACGUCGUCGGCGUCGCUGCUGGAGGACGACGACGGCGCGCAGGGUCUCGGAAGCGUGCUGGUGCCGGAUUCGCGGUCGCCGGCCGUGGCGAGCUUCGCUGCGAAGGGCGGGAGCCGCGAUCAGAGCGACGAUGAGUGGAAUUGGUAG